UGGGCUUUGUGCGGGCAAAAUUAUCGGCAUAUCAUUCGAUUGAUUGACUGAUUGAUUUUUUUUUUUUUUGUCCCUCAUCCUGAUGCCCUUUCUUUGUUAGUUUUCAGCUCGAUGGAUAAUGCAUGUCCAUUUCGCGUGUGACUCUUUUAUUUACCCCACAAUCUUUUCUUCGCGUUCCUCUGGUUUUCCCUCUUCGCUUCGUGUUGCCUAUGGGCCGGUAUCGAUCUAACUGCAUGGUUUUCCCUUGCUCAUUUGCACCACCGGCACGUUCCGGUUGGAUGUCGAUGGGGUACAGAUCGACCUGCGUCGGAUUAUUUAUUUUACCUUCGUCAUGACUUCACUGCAUCAUCUCUUCUUAUGUUCGACCUGACCACUUGUAAUAGAUGAUUACCCCUUAUCUUUGUUCGUUUGGUCGACUUUUCUCUCUACUGGUCUACCCAAAGUUUCCACUUGUCAUCUGAUUUCUGCAGUUAAAAUCAACACCAAGGGGCCUGUUAAGUCUCGAAACCAAUAAACAGGAAGCCAGUAAGAAUACAGUUAGGCUAGAUCCAAUUCGAUUGUUGGACGAAAAAAGUAAUUGCACGCACUAUGCAGCAAGGGGACAACGAGACAGUUGAGAAUCUAUUCUCAAACAUAGACACUAGCCCCAAUGUGGUCGACAUUGCCGACGAUGAUGACGAGGAUGCUCUUGAGGUUGAUAGUACGGAAUGGGACAUGGACUCUGCGGUAGGGGGUAUGAGCUUCGUGUCAUCCACGCAAAGUUUGGAUUCAAACCUAUACGAGCAUGUUGUUGAGAACGGCCGGACUUAUCACAAGUUCAAAGAGGGCAAAUACCCUCUGCCUAACGAUGAGUCAGAGCAAGAUCGUCUUGACUUCCAGCAUCAGAUUUACAAAUUGUCAUUGGAGGGAAAACUCUACCAAGCUCCAGUGGAAAAUCCACGAAACGUACUGGACGUAGCAACAGGGACAGGAAUCUGGGCCAUCGAGUUUGCCCAAGAAAAUCCCGGCUCCAACGUCAUAGGCACUGACCUAUCACCCAUCCAACCCACAUUCGUCCCACCAAACUGCUCCUUUCAGAUCUGCGAUGCCGAGGACGAGUGGGAUUUUUCGGUACCCUUUGACUUUAUCCACAUGCGCGCCGUAGUGACGUGCUUCCGUUCCCCACGCGCCGUCAUGGAGUCGGCCAUGUCCAGCCUCGCGCCCGGCGGCUGGCUGCAGAUGCGCGACCCCAUCAUGCCCUUUAAGUUUCUGACGCCGCCGCCCGAAGGUUGCGCCCUAGCGCGGUGGAACGAGCUCGCCAUGGAGGCGAGCGGCCGCAUCGGGCGGCGCUGGGACAAUGCGGUUCACUACGCCCAGUGGAUGCGGGAGCUCGGGUUCGAGGACGUCGUCGAGAUAAAGGAGCAGCUGCCGCUCAACCCCUGGGCAAAAGGUCGCAGGGUCAAGUACCUGAGCCUGUGGCUUCAGCACGACAUGCUCCAGGGGAUCGAGGCCAUCAGCAUGGCUAUGUUCACGAGGGUCCUUGGCUGGGAUGCUGAUGAUCUCAAGGUCUUUCUCGAGGACGUGAAGCGUGAUAUGAAGGAUAUGAGCAUCCAUUCUUAUUCUGAAGGUGUUUUGGUUUACGGGCGGAAACCGCUCGGCUAGGAUACAGCUUUCUUUCCUUGCGGCAUUGGGCUUUUCCCGUCGAAAUAAUUCAGAUCACUCCAAGCGAUACGAACGGCAUUUGAAUCUAUAUCUCAGAGCUCAAGCCUCAACUGAUUCCCGCACUAUCAGCAGGCUGAUUGUGUCCUGGUAAUUCACUCUCCGCCCAUCCCAUGGUCAUGGUGGCCCAAAGGUCAUGUUGGAACUGUCCCCCAUCCAUACCGACGUUUAGAUCAAUAUCAUCAAACGGAUCCACAAAUUCGCCAGUCGCAUCGCCCAGGGCAAGGCUUGUCCCAGAGCCGGUCUGGUCGCUGAAAGCCUCAUCCCAUACCGGGAUGUAGUUAUCUAACGAACCAUCAAACAUUGGGCAUCCCCUGGUCGUUUUAUCGUGCGGUAUUUCUGGAUGCACAUCUCCGCCACCACUGCCACUUCCAAACAGAGACCAGAUUCCCGUCGCGAUGGAAGACUGUUGUUGCUGCUGCCGCCGCUGCACAGCCGCCAUCCGCUUGUCGAACUUGGCUUUGACGACGCCGAAAACGACACGACUGGCCCCAACAAUCGUCAUGUCGUCCUCUUCAGCAACCCCAUCACCCCCCUGCUGGGCGCCAGCGCGGGGCUUGUCGUCCCCCUGCAUCUGCGUCCUGUCGGUGAGGCGAUCAAGCAGCGAGCCAAGGUCGAUGUGCGACCGCGCCAGGGCGGCGUCCCAGCCGACGCAGGAGGGCAUGUCGAACGAGAAGGUGAAGGCGACGAUCAAGAGCAGGACCAAGCGGCCCCAGUCCACGUUGCAGAGGUUGGUGAGCUGUCGUCCCCCGACCAGCGUCUCGCCCAUGAAGGACAGCGCGUCGGCUAGGUGCGGCAGGGCCAGCUGCAUCCGCGAGGAGUCCUGGAAGGGGUCCACGCGUGGCGACCGCGUCAUGUUGGAGGACUUCCAGAGGUGCGGGGUCAGGAGCUGGAUCUGCGUCGUGAGCGUGGUGAAUCUCAUGACGGCUGGUGUUGGCGACCUCCUCCGGCAUGCGCGAGCUGUACUCUGCAAACUGCAUCUCCAACCCCCUCAUCAUGGUGGCGGCCUGGUACGAGGAGCGCAGGCCCUUCUCCUCGUCCUUGGCCAGGGUGACGAUCUCGAGCAUGAGGUGCUGGUGGCGCAGCAGCCAGGGGAGGAUGCGGUCGCCGGGCGUGAGGGCCUCGCGCUCGAGCAGGUCGCAGCAGGUGGCCGUCCAGGCGGUGAAGGGGAGGUUCAAGGGGCGGCUGUACGUAACAGCUCGUCUUUAUGAAGGGUGAAUAUAUCAUCAGUGUUAGAGCCAUUUCUUUUUGGAGACUCAUGGAGAACGUGGAGGACGUUGGGUGGAUGGGAUCAGUUGGACGUGGUGAUAUUUGGGAACAUAAAAAGAACAAGAGAAGCACAAAAAGGCUUACGCGAGAACAAGAUAGCAGCAAGCAGCAUAUGCGCGGAUGCCCUCGAGGAGUUCCUCGCGUGGCUGGUCCUGGUGCUGCUCGAGGUACUCGGGCUGGUCGAGCUCGAGAUCCUGUAUCAUAUCAACGGCCAUGCGGAUAUACUGUUGAGACUGCUUAUUUCGGGGCCGCAGGUGGACAGGAUACCUGAGGGUUUUGUUUUUCGUUGUUCCGCGGUUAGUUUACGAGG